ACUCGGUAGAGGUGUGUGUGCCACCGAAGUGUCGGUGACACCCAGCGCCGGCAACCAUGAAUCCGGUAGCUCCAAGGUGAAGGUACACAACAUUGUAGACUACACGUGGGAGGAACGGUUCCACACGGGCCAACUGCUCGCUGUCCAUAUGGGAGGAGUCCUCAUCGCGUAUGGGAUCAAAGCCAUCAACAAGACCGUGGGUGUGGUGCGCGUAGUCAACAGGAAGACCGAUGAGAGGGCUCUCAUUAAAGGCAUGGAGGGUGCAGUGCAAGACAUAGCGUUUGCUCAUAUUCCCAAAGAGGUGAUCUUGGCGUGCGUCGACCACAACGGGAACUUGUUCGUUUACCGGGUGAUAGAGGACUGUAAGUUUCGGCUCACGUGCGAGCUACAGCUGCAUAUCUUACCCGAUGACGAGUACGUGCCACAGACCGGAGACUUCUACCGUGUAAUAUGGUGUCCGUUCAUACCAGAGCUGCCAGAUGAGAUCGAAGAAGAAGAUGUGCAGGAAGCAGCGGAGGAUGUUGCAUGGCUCUUGGCACUGUCUCGGGGCAAGAAGAUGGAGUUGUGGAACAUCAAAAUGGUGACGAAAAGACAUUCCACGGGUCCUGUCAAGCCGGGGAUGGUCAAGAUGGGAUAUCUGGAGAUCAACGAACACCAGAAGCCCAUAGUGGACGCGGCGUUUGCUCCGGAUGGAACAGCAAUAGCUACUGCUAGUCUGGAUGGUGAAAUUAAGUUCUUUCAAGUUUACAUGCAGAAUGGGAAGAAACCCAGGUGUUUACAUCAGUGGCAACCUCAUGGAGGAGAGCCGUUGUCAUCAUUGUUCUUUCUGGACAACCAUAAGAACUACAACCCUGACAUUCAAUUCUGGAAGUUUGCAAUAACUGGAGCGAAAAACAAUUCGGAGUUGAAGGUGUGGUCUUGUGAGUCGUGGACUUGUUUGCAGACUCUGGCGUUCAAAGUGAGGCCUGACAGGCCAAUUAAUUUGAACGCUUCUUUAGAUUUAGCUUCUGGUUAUUUAUUACUUUCAGAUUUCCACCACAAGAUCUUGUAUGUGUUACAGCUGUACACUAACAACAGUGAGACUUCGGCAGCAAUAAUUUCAAUUUCAGAGUUCCUACUCCCUUAUCCUAUUUUAAGUUUUGGAAUCGUCGAUGCUGGAAUCCAGCGUUUCAAAUCUGACAAUUUGGAAGAAAUUUGUAAUGAUGAAAAUGAUGAAGAAAGUGUGCUAGGAAUUCUAGUGAGAAUGUAUUUAGUUCAACCAAAGUCUCUUCAGGAUUGCCAAAUCGCUUUUAUUCCUCCUAAAACCGGGAUCCUUCGGCAACUGAAAGUGAGAAAGAACGAAGAGCAGACACAGAUGCGGAGAAGUGUGAACCAGGCAGAAGCCAGUGGAGGAGGAGAUGCUGAGGUCUGGAAAACCACUCAGCGUUUGGAAACAUCUGUAAGCUCGAUGAUCCAUAUCACAAAUUCUUUACUGCAAGCAUUUGAGGAACAAGCCGCUGAAGUGAAACAACUUCGCGAGGAAAUUCGCCAACAAAACAUGCUGCGAGAAAUGGAGAAAAUUAUUUCCCACAAUUCCCAGCAACAGAUGACUAUUUUAGAAAAAAUUCUUGCAUCAAAAGAAAAUAAACAUCAACAAGAAGCACUGGCAUCAGCUGUUUCACAAUCUGUGAUCAAUUUUCUCAAUAGCAAAGUUUUUGAGUCCGUUAACAAAGAGAUUUCAUCAACUGUUGUACCCGCAGUUAAUAACCAAAUAGAAUCCUUGAAACACCAAAUUCAUGUUGAGAUCGACCAGAAAUUGAGUGCAACAGAUCAUCUGCUGAAAGAAAACAUUACGAAGCUUGUACACAGCAAAUCCGUAAUGGACGUAUUAAGCGCUGCAACCGUAUCAAGUCUCACCCCGGUGAUUUCUCAGUGUUACAAAGAGUACUUUACAAACGUCGCUCUGCCCAGUUUUGAAAAGUCCUGUUCCACGAUGUUCAAUCAGAUCAAUGAGAUUUUCUCAAAGGGCUCCAAAGAGUUUGUCACCGCUCUGGACGCUCAGUCUCAACGCGUCGCGGAGAAGAAUCGUGAACAAAGUGUUCAACUGCAGGGUCUGUCGGACGUGCUCAAGAACUGUACGAUGCAGAUGAACAACGAGCUGAAGAAGUCGGUGGCAGGCAUCGAGAAGCAGGUGAUGGAUGCGGUUACGAGUGCCCUGACCUUGCAGCAAGCUGCGCUGGAGGGCAGCAUGUUUGCCGCAGUUAGAUCUCGCAGCGUCACACCGGCUCCUCAUAUCAUGGACACCAAAAUACAACAGUCCCAGAUCCUACAACUAGUCACCCAGGGACAGAUCAAUACUGCCUUUCAGCAGGCACUGUCAGCAUCAGAUCUGAACUUGGUGGUGUUUGUCUGUGAAAAAGUCAACCCUCAGCAGUUGUUCAGCCAAUCUCCUUGCCCUCUGCAACAGCACGUGCUCCUGUCUCUGGUGCAGCAGCUUUCCGCAGACAUGAACAACCACACGGACAUCAAACACAAGUACCUGGAGGAGGCGUUGAUGAACUUGGACAUAAAAAAUUCAAUGACACGAGAACACAUACCCGUUGUAUUGAACAACCUCCAGAGACAACUUCAGGCUUACAUUGCCAACAAUCCCAAUAACAGGAUCACCAGGAGUAUUAAGCUUCUGCUGCUG